AUGAACUAUAUAAGAAAACAACACACAAGAUAUUUAGAUAGUGCUUUGGAGUCUUCGAAAUUAGAUCCUAAUCCAUAUUCGAUCGUACCAACUUUAAUAUUUCUAUCAUGUACGUUUGUUCUUCUUUAUUUUCAUCUCCACCGGUAUACAUUCCCAUCCACCAGAUGGAAAACACGACUUUACAAGGACGCCGUAUUUCACUGGAUAUACUUUUAUUUAGUUAGAAUUUGGUUUUUGUUUAUGAAACUUGGAAGGUACCUAUUAUCCGUACUAGACAACUAUAUUGAGAUGACUAGUCCAAAAGAAGAAAUUUUUGUGAAUCAAACAAUUAACCAUGCCUUAAUAUUUAUGUUUGCUCUAACUCUUUCUACGGUGCCAUUUUUAAUUUUGUGUGUGAGUCAAGUAACCAGGAGGAACAUACCAAACUUUUUGAUGUGGGUAGCAGAAGAUCCGUGGAUAAGGAGUGAAAUCGGGACAUCAGGACAUUACCUUCAGCGACCCGCUAGGAUAGCUCAAUCCUAUAAGAACAGGAACAGCGCAUAUCGUUCCCGAAGAUCGACAAGUGUCGAUACUGAUAUCUUUGACCAAAAACAAUUGAUGACUUCGAGACCUUGCAAAUCUAUGGUGACACUGAACGUGGUAAAAAGCAUUAAUGGUUUAGCAGAAUAAAUUGUAAUAUUUUUUUAAUACCAACUCAU